AUGGAAGAAGACUUGGAACUGAGUUCGAACGAAUACUACAUAGCUGUGGUUGUCUGGGUGAUUGGCUAUACCGCCGCGGCAGUUCCAUCUAAUAUGAUUCUAUCUAGAACGCGGCCCUCAUACUUUAUCCCUAUCAUCACCUUUGCCUGGGGUACGGUGGCAGCCUUACUAGGAAUUGUAUCUAACAGCAUCCAACUGAUUGUUUUACGAUUUCUUCUUGGAAUUUUCGAGGCCGGGUUUAGUGUGCGUACUCGGCAUGAACGCCUACAGUCUUGUCAUUUAGUGGCCUCAGCUGAUUUGAAAAUGAUAAAGCCAGCAGUGAUUUUCCUGAUAUCGACGUGGUAUCGAAAGUGUGAGCAAUCGAAGCGAUUUAUAAUUUUCCUUUCUGCCGGUAUUUUAUCUGGCGCCUUUGGGAGCGUCGUUUCGGGGGCUAUAACUUCAUCGUUGGACGGUGUUCAUGGGAUUCACGGAUGGAGAUGGCUAUUCAUCGUUGAAGGCGUCACCACAGUCGGAAUAAGCGUCCUUUCGCAUUGGACCUUACUUGACUACCCAUAUAAUAGUCGAGGACUGGACCAGGCAGAGCGUGAUAUUGCACAGAAACGAAUGGUUCAUGACGGGGUAGCAGAGACGCACGCCAAUUCCGAGAUGCCAACCACAAGAACUUCUAUAUUCAUUUGCUUGCUAAAAGCACUGUCCAACUGGAGAACCUGGCUUCUUGUUCCUGGGUAUAUGUCUAUUCUUGGUGCAUUAGCUUUGUCAUACUUUUAUCCGACAUUGGUUGAAGGUAUGGGGUAUUCUUCAACAAACGCCCAAUACAUGACGGCUCCGCUAUAUCUUGUUUCACCUAUUGUCGCAUUGCCGGUCUGCUAUUUUGCUGAUCGCAAGCCUUAUUUGAGAGGUAUUAUUCUGGUGGUGAAUCUGACAGUGGGCAUGAUAUUUUUCGCAUUGACAGCAGCUAUUCAACACUACACAGCAAGGUAUGUCUUUCUUUGUGUCACCAAUACUACAGCAUGGACUGGAAAUGCUCUCGCUCUGUCCUUUGCGACUACUGGCCUGGCGUCAGUCAAUCAGGACGUGAGAGCAAUAAUGUUAGCCACGAUGAAUGGAGUUGGAGCAUUGGCUCAGCUGUACGGUAGUGCCUUGUUUCCAGCAAAAGAUGGGCCUCAAUAUGUUGCUGCAUUUUCUGUCUUUGCUGGUACUUUUGCCGCUGGAGCAAUAUUGUACGGAGUGGCAGAUACUUUAUUUAAGCGAUAUCCAUAG